GUCGAUAAACUUUUCAGAGACACCCUGCGAGCUCGAUGUGGUCCCACUUCAGGCGCUGACAGAAAUCUUCUUGGCCCAUGAAGGUGAAAUUCACAAAAGGAUAUUUGGGGCGAGACUGCUGAACCAGUUUCGGGCUGUCAAAGAGAUCUUGCUGGCUGGGGAUACGAACCGUCUCGUGGCGGAGCUGACCUUUGUGCGGAUCAAUGACCUGGCAGCACCUCCAGAGCCUAUGCAUCCUCUAAUGUACUUAGAGCCGUUCGUGGCGGUUCUCAUCGUGCUGAACGGCAUCAUGAUUGGAUUCCAAACUGAUCCAUCCUUUCAGGAUUACGAUGACGUAUUCUUCUACCUCGAGCUCGUGUUUGCUCUAUUCAUCUGGCUGGAGAUCUUUUUGCGGAUACACCUUUUAAAGUGCGCUGGUUACUGGUGUGGCCCUGAGCGAUAUUGGAAUUACUUCGAUCAAUUUUUGGCUGCGACUGGAGUUGCUGACAUUUCCUUGCAAAUUGCAUCUGACGGGCAAACUGACAUUGCCGGUGCAUCGCUACUCAGAUUUUGCCGAUUGAUCAGACUGGUCCGAAUUGUCAAGCUCUUUCGAGUAAAGUUUAUGAAAGAUCUGCGUUUAAUGGUGAAGGGCUUGCUUGCUGGCAUUCGGACGUUGGCUCUUGCCUUCGCCUUGCUUUUUGCUGUGCUUUAUGUUAUCUCUGGCUUUGCAACGAUCACUCUCGGUGCGAAUCCGAUUGACGGGGAGGACGGCCUUCACCGCUAUUUUGCCAACAUACCGGAGUCAAUGUUCACUGCCUUUCGAUGCUUCACAGGUGAAUGCAUCAGUGACGCCGGACGACCUAUUCAAGCCCUUCUGGCUGAAAAAUUUGGAUUGGCUUUCGUUCUACCCUACGUCGCAUGCUACAUGCUUGUGUCGAUGGGAAUUUUCAACGUUAUCUUAGCUGUAUAUGUGGAUAUCACAAUGAGAGCUGCCAAAGAGAACGAGGCCACGACGGCAGAACAACACUCUCGUGAGUCUAUCCGGAUUGCUCGCGUGACGCGGGAACUGCUGAAGAAGUUUGCCUCGGCUCACCAUCAGUUUCAAGAAGACGACAGAGCGACGGUAGCAAGUCGGCCGCGCCUCGAUAUCAAUCACACAUCCUUCUUCACCGACGAUGAGAUCAAUGAGACCAUGGAAAUCAGCAAGGAGCUCUUCAUGUUGGUUAUUCAAGACUACAGUGUGCAGAGCUUGAUGGACGAUCUAGACUUGCCGCCCGAUCGUGCAAACCUCUUCGAGGUCAUCGAUGCAGACGGCAGCGGCACGCUGAAGCUAACCGAGCUUGUGCAGGGUCUCCUGAAGAUCCGCGGAGAAAUCAACAAAAGCGACACCGUCGCCGCUCUGCUCGCCAUCAAAGCUGUACAAAGCAUGGUCAGUGAGAUGAAGGAGGAGAGCUCCAGCCAUCUGGACUCCUUGAAGCGAGACUUGGAAAGGCAGGUAUUGGCCCUUGGAGAACGGCCGCAAGCGAUGCGGUUCGAGAGCAAAAGCAGGGCGCGCGAAAAGCCCAGGGACAUCCUGGCCGAGCCGGACCUUUUUGCUUCGGCGCGGGCGCAAGUGUCCACGGAGGUCCUCAAGGAUGCGUUCGCACCCUCUCUGGCACUGCCCCUUCCUCUGCGUCCAGAGGCAGUUCUCGCUGACGUCGAAGUACAACCUCCACCUUUGGAGGUUAGCGUAGAAUAG